AUGAUGCACUUGUCUCCUCUACGCUCCCGUCCACGCCUUCUCCUCCUGCAACGGGGUGUCCGCUGGCUACAGACUGCAGCAGAAGCAGCUACCGACGUGUCGUACACGCGCGGUCUCUUCCUUGGCGUCAACAACGCUGCGCGAGCGUUUCCGUACCCGAAACUCUCUCCUAGCGAGGCCGAGACGCUGCAGAUGCUCGUGGACCCUGUGACAAAAUUCUUUGGGUCGGUGGAUUCGCGUGCAAUUGACGAGACAAAGACGAUCCCGCAGCAAGUGCUGGACGAUAUGAAGGAGCUCGGACUCUUUGGCCUGCAGAUCCCGGAGGAACUCGAAGGUCUCGGGCUCUCGAACACGGGCUACGCUCGGGUGUGUGAGGAGAUUACAGAUGGGAGUUUAGCCGUGACGGUCAUGGCGCACCAGUCGAUCGGACUGAAGGGGAUUCUCCUCAAUGGCAAUGAAGCGCAGAAGGCCAAGUACCUCCCGAAACUCGCCACUGGCGAGCACAUUGCCGCCUUUGCCCUCACGGAACCUUCGAGUGGAUCCGAUGCCGGGUCCAUCAAGACACGGGCGACGCUGUCGGAAGAUGGCAAGCACUUUGUGCUGAAUGGAGACAAGAUCUGGAUUAGUAAUGGCGGCUGGGCGGACGUGAUGACGGUGUUUGCCCAGACGGAAGUAAACGGCACGGACAAAGUCACGGCGUUCAUCGUCGAGCGAGCUUUCGGAGGGGUCACAAGUGGUCCUCCCGAAGAUAAACUCGGCAUUCGAGGCUCGAACACGUGUCAAGUGUUUUUUGACAACUGCAAAGUGCCGAUUGAAAACGUGUUGGGCGGUGGUCCGGACAUGAAAACAGGCGGCGCAGCUGGCGUUGGUCAGGGGUUCAAGGUGGCCAUGAAUAUCCUGAAUAAUGGUCGGUUCGGCCUUGGGGCUUGUGCUGGAGCGUCGCUACGUCGGGUGCUGGGAACGGCAGCUGAGCACGCGAACUCGCGCAAGCAGUUUGGUGCACCUUUAGCUAACUUUGGCUUGAUCCAGAAGAAGUUUGGUAUGAUGGCACUGGAUGCGUAUGCUAUUGAGUCCAUGGCGUUUAUGACGACGGGCAUGAUCGACCGCGGUGAUCCGUCCUGCGAAAUCGAGGCUGCCAUGUGUAAGGUGUAUGGUUCAGAAGCAGCUUUUGUCGGUAUCAACGAGUGCAUUCAGGUUAUGGGUGGCACUGGUUUCAUGAAGGAGUGGCCGUUUGAGCGUCUCAUGCGUGACUGUCGCAUCCUUUCGAUCUUUGAGGGCACGAACGAGAUUCUCCGCAUGCUCAUCGCUCUUAGUGGGAUUCGAACUGCUGGUGAACGCCUUUCGGCCGUUGGCAAGCUACUCCAAAACCCGCUAUCAGACCCGUCGAACGCGGCCAAGGAGAUCUCGGACCGUUUGCAGCGAAAGUUCUCGCCACCGCCACUGAAAGGGGCGCACUCGAGCUUAUCCAGUCAAGUCGAUCUGCUGCAGAAGCGUACAGCGGAAUUCGGUGACGCGGUCGAGUAUCUGCUGCGCAAGCAUGGCAAGAACAUCGUGAACGAGCAGAUCCAGCUGGAGCGGAUUGCUGACUCGGCGAUUGCGCUAUUUGCCAUGACUGCCACUAUCUCACGUUCGUCUUCGUCGCUUAUCGCCGGCAAUGAAUCGGCUGAGCACGAGAAGAAGCUCACGGCGCUGUACUGCGACGUGACGUCCAACAAGAUUCAGAACCUACUGAGUGACAUCAAGUUGGCAGGCAAACGCGACGAGCAGCUGCUCGAGAUCGCUACUGAGGUGCUUACGGCUGGGAAGUACAUUCCGCGACAUGCUACGGGUAUUGACUGCUAG